AUGGAUGGACUUGCAAAAUGCUCAGCAAACUAUGUGCCAUUAACUCCUCUCACUUUCAUCAAAAGAGCUUCCAUGGUUUACUCUGAGAGGACGUCCGUCAUCUACGGCGGAGUCCGCUUCACCUGGCACCAAACGUAUCAACGCUGCUGCCGUCUCGCUUCCUCCCUUCGCUCGUUGAAUAUUGUCAAGAACAAUGUUGUAUCGGUGCUGGCACCAAAUGUACCUGCGUUAUAUGAGAUGCAUUUUGCAGUUCCUAUGGCGGGAGGUGUGCUUAAUGCAAUCAACACAAGGCUAGAUGCUAAGAACAUUGCAACCAUUCUUCGUCACUCUGAAGCCAAGGUCUUCUUUGUGGAUUUUCAGUAUGUUCCAUUGGCAUCGGAGGCCCUCCGCUUGUUGAUGGCGGAUUUGAAAGAAAUACUUGAUCAUAAAUACGAGAUGCCGUUGGUCAUUGUGAUUGAUGACAUUGAUAAACCCACCGGAAUCCGUCUUGGGAAGUUGGAAUACGAGCAACUCAUCCGCCAUGGAAAUCCAAGGUAUAAUGGUGAAGAAGUGGAGGAUGAAUGGGAUUCCAUCGCUUUGAAUUACACCUCCGGGACAACCUCCGCCCCCAAAGGGGUGGUGUAUAGCCAUCGUGGUACUUUUCUGAGCACAAUGAGUUUGAUUCAAGGGUGGGAGAUGAGUACUGAAACAGUGUAUUUGUGGUCACUUCCCAUGUUCCAUUGCAAUGGCUGGACGUUCACCUGGGGUGUGGCAGCGAGAGGUGGAACAAAUGUUUGCAUCCGCAACACCUCUGCUAGAGAAAUGUACCACGGUAUAACCACCCACAAUGUAACUCAUAUGUGUUGUGCUCCUAUCGUCUUCAACAUCCUUCUUGAAGCAAAACCUCACGAACGUCGUGAAAUAACCACCAAGGUCAACAUACUCACCGGAGGAUCGCCGCCGCCUGUCGCCCUCCUCGAGAAAAUGGAGAAUCUUGGUUUCCAUGUGAUGCAUGCCUACGGCCUCACCGAAGCCACCGGACCUGCACUCAUAUGCGAAUGGCAAACCAAAUGGAAUCAACUCCCACGAAAUGAACAAGCCAAAUUGAAAUCCCGUCAAGGCGUCGGAAUCCUAACACUUUCCGACGUUGAUGUGAAGAUAAAGGAAACAAUGGAGAGCGUUCCAUCUGACGGUAAAACGAUGGGCGAAAUCGUUCUUAGAGGAAGCAGCAUCAUGAAAGGAUACCUAAAAGACGAAAAAGAGACUGCAAAAGCAUUCCACAAAGGAUGGUUUUUCACUGGCGACGUUGGAGUUAUUCAUCCAGAUGGGUAUCUGGAGAUCAAAGAUAGAUCAAAAGAUGUGAUCAUUUCAGGAGGAGAAAAUAUCAGCAGUGUUGAACUGGAAUCGGUUCUAUUCAACCACCCCAACAUACUGGAAGUGGCGGUGGUAGGAAUGCCACACCCAAGAUGGGGAGAAACUCCAUGUGCUUUCGUUGUGUUGAAAAACCCAACCAAGGAAGAAGAAAUCAUGGAGUUUUGCAAGAAAAAUAUGCCGAAAUUCAUGGUUCCUAAGAAGCGGGGAAAACAAAACCGUGAGGCAUUGUGGUAUAGCGUGCCAAAGCGGACAAUAUCAUUCGCUUCCGUGCUGCGGACUCUGAUAUGCGAUGACCGGUUUUGGGGCUUGCGUUGUGCGGCUGCCAGAAACAAAACCGUGCGACUACUGCUUUGUGGUAUAGCGGGCAGCGUGCCAAAGCGGACAAUAUCAUUCGCUUCCGUGCUGCGGACUCUGAUAUGCGAUGACCGGUUUUGGGGCUUGCGUUGUGCGGCUGCCAGAAACAAAACCGUGCGACUACUGCUUUGUGGUAUAGCGGGCAGCAAGAAAGGCCGUCUAUUUGGGUCCAAUUGGAUCUUGACUGGGAACUCCACACAGGGUGGUCCCUCGUCUUCAGAUAGCCGGGAAAUUGAACCCUUAAGGACCCAACUUAGAGAUUUACAGGAAGAAAAUGAGCGCCAACAGACGGGGGAGGAGUUUCGGCAGGCGGAUGAGGAGCGACGGCGGGCGGAGGAGGAGGAGUGUCGGCGAGUGUUGGAUGAGAGACGGGAUAAACGACUUGAAAAGAUGACUGCUUUGGUCAAGCAGCUAAGUCAAUCUCAACACUUCCCGCCGCCAAAAUAA